AGCAGGCACACCAUGCUUUCUCUAGACUUUGGAUCCAAGGCUCGGUCUAUGGCAAGACAUGUAGCCUGCUGGGGUCUACAGGAGCAUCAAGGAACUAGGCUGGACCUGUCCUGAAGAACAGGACAGUGAACGCACCAUGAAUAACACAGGAAGUUCCGGAAAUUCCACUUACAAGUGUAUAUUCGACGAAGACUUUAAAUAUGUUCUCCUUCCGGUGUCCUACGGGAUUGUGUUCUGCGUGGGGAUAAUACUCAACGUCCUAUCUCUAUAUAUCUUUCUGUUCCGGGUUAAGCCCUGGAAUGCGUCUACCACCUACAUGUUUAACUUGGCUAUAUCGGACAUGAUGUACGUCAUCUCCUUGCCCCUCCUAGUGUACUAUUAUUCUAAGGGCGACGACUGGCCGUUCGGAGAGGCCUUGUGCAAAAUUGUCAAAUUUCUGUUCUACACCAACAUGUACUGCAGCAUCUUAUUCCUGUUGUGUAUCAGCAUCCACCGCUUCCUGGGAAUCUGCUACCCAAUGAAAUCUCUUGGUUGGCUAAAGGUGCGGAAUGCCCGGAUCGUAUCGGUCAUUGUCUGGAUUGUGGUAAUUGCCUUCCAGUCCCCCAUACUCUACUUCGUGACCAUCAGCGCCAAUGGGGACACCACCAUCUGCCACGACACAUCCAGCGUGGACUUGUUUGACAACUUUGUGAUUUACAGCACCGUGAACCUGGUCCUGCUGUUCUGUGUCCCUUUCGUCACCAUCAUCAUCUGUUAUGUUUUAAUGACUCGAGCCCUUCUUCAGCCGGCGGCAGCCUCUUCCGACACGACCAAUUCCAAGAGGAAGUCUAUUAAAAUGAUCAUUAUUGUAAUGUCGGUGUUCAUCAUUUGCUUUUUGCCUUUCCAUGUGAACCGUACCUUGUACUACUACUUCAGGAAGUUAGACCUUGACUGUAGCGUUUUGAAUGCAAUCAACGUAGCCUACAAAGCUAUGCGACCCCUGGCCUGCGCCAACAGCUGCCUGGACCCCAUCUUGUACUUUCUUGCCGGACAAAGUGUUCGCAGGAAUAUUAUUUCCAGGAAUGGGAUCACCAAACUAAAGAGCAAGUUUGCAUCCUACCAUAAUAACUCCAGUUUGGUUACGAACGUAAAUGCCACUGACAGUAGCCCCGCCCCCUGCCCCAGUCCGGCUACAAGCACCAAGGUGUGAAUAGACCGCCAUACUUGUGCGUCACUGGAGAAAAUGAUGUAGGACUUGGAAGCUGUUAUGUCACAGUACGUGGCGUCGGUUCUUUAGCAACUCAUGGACAAUCCAUUAUUCCAGGUGGUGGACAUGUUUUUAGAAGAAAACAAUCACUGUACGAGGGCUGCAUCCAUAACGCAUUUAAAUGAAGUUAUCUAUUUAUUUAGAAAGGGAAUGGCCGAGUAGGAUUGGCUGCAGAGCUGGUCAAGAAACGAUAGGGGAUCUGUCUUUGGAGAAUGACAGGUCAACAGUUAUAUCUGUCAGUAGAGAGUAUAUUCAGAGCGAGAGAGAGAGAACGUGCUGAAUUUCAUGGAUCUGUGGGUCUAUGUUCUAACCCUUAGAGAGAGAUAAAGUGGACUGAGAUAAAGUACCAGCGAAUCAGCUCCUAACUGUCACUUUACAGGCUGUGUUUGAAAAAUGACAUUUAGGAGGUGGUUGGUUGGUACUUUGGGGGACAUUUACUAAGCAGUGAUAAGAGAAGUGAGCCAGUGGAGAAGUUGCCCAUGGCAACCAAUCUGCACUGAAGUAACAUCUGUAAUUUGCAUACUAUAAAAUGAUACAGAGCUGCUGCUUUGUUGAUGGGGCAACUUCUCCACCUGCUCACUUCUCCGCCCUUAUCACUGCUUAGUAAAUGUCCCCCUUUUUUAUCUUUGUCCACUUUAUCUCUCUCCAAGGCUUAGUACAUAGAGUCCUGUUUUCUCAGCCUGAGGGGGAGAUGUAUCAAGCCUUGGAGAGAGAUAAAGUGGAACUAAUUAGCUUCUAACUGUCAUUUACCUAGCACAGUUUUUUUUUAUGAAAAGCUGAUUGGUUGCUAUAUCUCCAUGGCUUGAUACAUUUCCCCCUGUGUCUGAAUGAGCCUUUUUACUUGCUUCUUCAGACUCUAAAGGGGUGAUUCAAUUCCAGGUGAUGUGCCGACAAACAUCACUGCACACAUUACUGCCUAUUUCGGUAGUAAAUCACUGAUUAUCCUGUACAGUUCUAUGGGGUGAGAAGCUAAAUUAGCGAAGAUGGAUGAUUGGCCCUCAUUCCGAGUUGUUCGCUCGCAAGCUGCUUUUAGCAGCAUUGCACACGCUAAGCCGCUGCCUACUGGGAGUGAAUCUUAGCAUAGUAAAAUUGCGAACGAAAGAUUAGCAGAAUUGCGAAUAGGGGGUAAUUCCAAGUUGAUCGCAGCAGGAAAAUUUUUAGCAGUUGGGCAAAACCAUGUGCACUGCAGGGGGGCAGAUAUAACAUUUGC